AUGGUCAGUGAUGCUUCUGACUGGAUACCUUCGGCUCGCAUAGCCAACGAUAGACAAGUCUGUAAUACAUCAGGCCACACGGCCAACAGCGGCAAAUGUAAAGCCUUCAGAAAAGCGCUUACGAAGGCAAGGAAAACACAAAGCCUAACAUACAAGGACGAAGUUUCAGAGGAGACUCCACGACAAAAGCAAGUACAUACACCCUCUACAAGUGAUACAUCGAACGGUAGCACACUGGGACAGGAACCAGAUAAGAGCUCCACAGGUAAAGAACAAAGCGCUGAAGAUAGUACACCGAAGUCUCCUGCUGCCGACCUUGUCAUUCUGGAGGCUACAAUGCCAAGAUCUGUAACAAAUGCCUCGCCUCUGAAGCCGCAACCAUCAAAGCAUGGAGCUGCAUACGACCUGCUGCUCCAAUACGCACCCUCCGAAAACAUUAAUCUGAUAGUGGGACAAGAACCCAAUGUGACUGCAAAAAAGAACAACAUCUGUUACAAAAACGGUGAUAUCUUUCUACGGGCAAACCUAGAUAAUAAGUGUUCCGUCUUGGACUAUAUCCCUGGUCCUGGGUAUGUAUGUAUUGAAUUUACUAACAUGUUAAUGUUCUCAUGUUACUUUUCGCCCAAUAAGCCUAGUGAACUUAUAAAAGAGCUACUGACCGAGAUAGAAACAAUCGUCCGAACAAAGAACAAAGAAGCCAUCAUUGCGGGCGAUUUUAACGCCAAGUCUCUGAUUUUUGGCUCUCGGGUUGAAAAUGAAAAAGGAAGAAUAAUGGAAGAAUGGUUAGCCAGUAAUGACCUCGUGGUCAUUAAUCGAGGCCAUACCCCACAUUUAUGA